AAAACUACUUUAUUCCCUCCGCACUGUGAAUGACCUUGAAUUUCAUUGGUCAAAAUUCAACACCGCCACAUUUUGACAUCUGGAAAACGUGCAUUUAUCGCUCCGUUUCAUUAACUGUUUACAUCGCAACAACGCACCAAAUAGCAUCACUGAUUAGCGUAACUGCCUGUGGAGUAUCAUAGGUACAUCUAGGCAAAAUCGGAGAAGAAACCAUGGUUGUGUUGACGAGUUUUCCUAUUCCAAAUGUGGGCAUUGUUCAUCAAGAAGAAAAUUGUUCUUCUCAAGUUGAUGAUCAUAACUUUGGGAAUGGAACAUUGUUUAUCACUGAGAACCAAGUAUCAUGGUUGAGUGCGGAAGGAACAGGAUUUUCACUGGACUAUGAACAGAUUUCUCUCCAUGCUGUAUCACGCGACACAACAACAUUUCCAGAAGAAUGUCUCUACCUCAUGAUAGAUGGAAAACUCACAGAUGACAGGGAAAGUGGGGAGGAUGCUGAGGAUGAUGAUGAUGAUGAGAGUGCAACUACUGAUGUAAGAUUCAUACCACAGAACAAAGAAACCUUGGAUACAAUGUACAGAAAUAUGUGUGAGUGCCAAGCAUUGCACCCAGACCCCGAGGAUGUUUCUAGUGGAGAUGAGGAAUUAGGGGAGGAAGAAGAGGGAAUGGAAGAGCCAGGAGAAGAUGGAGAUGUAGGACAUGAACCAUUCACAGGAAGUCUUGAGGGUUUUUACACAGCAGAGAACAUUGGAGAUGGGGAUGGGGAUAUACAGUUGUCAAUACAAGGACAGGCAACUCUAGCAAGACUAGAAAACAUGCUGGCCAAUAGCCAAGCAAACAUGCCUGUAAAUGGCACUGCCCCCACAGAAUCUAUGGAAACAGGACAAUUUGAAGAUGCCCAAUCAUAGCAGUGUGACUUGUUAUUAUGUACAGAUCACAAUAAAAUUGUACAUUGAAAGUAACGAGUGCUACAGGAAACUGUUGCCAACGAGGCACUGAAUAGACAGAGAUGCAAUCAUACUAUUAUAUACAGUACCUGAAUCUGAUCUAAGACACCUUUGUGAGUCAUGCGCUACUGGACACAUUCUGAACACAGUUUGUCUUUGGGGAGAUACUAUUUGUUGGACUUUUAGAAACACAAAGGUACAAUUAUAUGUAAGUAAAACAAAAUUAAAUUAAUUUGGGGAUGUUAUGCUACACACAUACCUCUACAUUAUACAGAAUGUCAGUUAUAGUUUAAAUAGUUCAAGAAUUAACAGCUGAGCUGAAUACUCAAUUUUGAUUUUUAAAUUUGAAAAAUGUUAUUACUGUUUUUAAAUGUUUAAAAGACAAUGUUGUCACUCUGUAAUCUUGUUCUUGUAUAUGCAAGAUAUUUUGCCAAAACCAAAUCUUCCAACAUAUGGACGUUUGUGUUAUAACAAUGUACUCUAGAACUAAAAAUGAAUAAAAAUCUAUUUUUGUAUAUUUAGAAUCACGUGUUAAUUGCUUUACCCAU